GUGAGAUAUGUUGGUUCCUGCAACUCACUCCCACUUCCACACCUUCCCUUCUUCUUCUUCUUCUUCAUUAUUCUUAUUCCCUCUUCAUUUCCCAAAAACUAAAACCCUCAUCCCAACCAACACCACCAGAUUCCACAUUCGGAGCUCCUUCAAAGCCCAAGCCCAGGCCCAAACACUCUCCAACUCCGCCAUUCAACGAAUCGCCGAUAAGCUCCGAACCCUAGGCUUCACCGACCAACCACCCACUCCCCCUCCCUCUCCCGCCGUCUCCACCGCCGCCGGCGAAAUCUUUGUCCCCUUGCCUCACCACCUCCCCAGACAACGCGUGGGCCACACCAUCGACACAAGUUGGAGCACGCCCGAUAACCCGGUUCCGGUUCCGGGCACCGGAACGGGGCUAUGGAGGCAGAACGAGGUGGCGAAGGAGGUGAAGGAGAAGGAGAAAGAGGUGAACAAGAGGAGGGAGGAACUAGUGCCGACAUUGGCGGAGCUGAGCCUUUCGGAUUCGGAGAUAAUGAGGUUGACGACGCUAGGGUUUCGAAUGAAGCAGAAGCUCAAGGUUGGGAAGGCUGGGAUCACCGAAGGGAUCGUCAACGGGAUUCACGAGCGGUGGAGGCGUUCGGAGGUUGUGAGGAUCGUUUGUGAUGAUCUUUGUAAAAUCAACAUGAAAAGGACUCAUGAGCUGUUGGAGAGAAAAACUGGGGGUCUUGUUGUUUGGAGAUCUGGAAGUAAGAUAAUAUUGUACAGGGGGACUGAUUAUAAGUAUCCUUACUUCCUAUCAGAUAAUGCUUUGAAAGAUGACAAUAUUGGUGAUGAUUUUCAACAUUUGGAUGGUGAUGACGAAAAUUGUGAUGAAAGAGAGAGCAGCACUUCUGAAACGAAUUCAGCGACAUCUUCUGUGCAAAGUUCAAACUUCAAAACAGAAAAACCAGCAUUGAUAGUAGGUGUUGGUACUCCCAAUAAAGUACGAUUUCAACUUCCGGGUGAGGCAGAGCUUGCGGAAGAUGCAAACUGCUUGUUAGUGGGGCUCGGGCCACGAUUUACUGAUUGGUGGGGAUGUGACCCUCUGCCUGUUGAUGCUGAUCUUCUACCUGCUGUUAUUCCUGGAUAUAGGAAACCUUUUCGCCUUCUUCCAUAUGGUGUGAAGCCUAAACUAACAGAUGAUGAAAUGACCACGUUGAGGAGACUUGCCAAACCCAUACCAUGCCAUUUUGCAUUAGGUAGAAACAAGAAACUUCACGGAUUGGCUUCUGCAAUUAUUAAGCUCUGGGAAAGAUGUGAGAUUGCAAAGAUUGCUGUAAAGAGAGGUGUGCAGAAUACUAACAGUGAAAUGAUGGCCGGAGAGUUAAAGCAUCUGACUGGAGGAACUCUCCUUGCUCGGGAUAGAGAGUUUAUCGUUUUGUAUAGAGGAAAGGACUUCUUGCCACCUGCAGUGUCUAAAGCAAUCGAACAGCGGAGGAAUAUUGCAAUACACAAACUAAAGGGCGAAAACAGUUUGUCAGUUAUAGUCACUCCAGACCUGAAACAAGGAACCGUGGAGUGUAAUUCUGAAGGAAAUGACACAGCCUUCCAGAAAGAUACAGCAAUCUUUAAACAAAGAAUGUUGGCUAAGGCUGAGGCAACCAUUAAAAGGACUAGCAUCAAGUUGUCAAUGGCAUUAGAAAAGAAAGCAAAGGCUGAAAAACUUAUAGCAGAGAUAGAAAGUGCAGAGAGCCUCCAAGAGCAAGAAAUAGAUAAAGAGGGUAUUACUAAGGAAGAGAAAUACAUGUUGCGAAAGAUUGGCUUGAAGAUGAAGCCCUUCCUGUUGCUAGGUAGACGAGGGGUUUUUGAUGGAACUGUGGAAAAUAUGCAUCUUCAUUGGAAGUAUCGGGAACUUGUGAAGGUAAUAUGUAAACAAGAAAGCCUGGAAGAUGUCCAUCAGAUAGCUCAGACCUUAGAGGCGGAAAGUGGUGGAAUUUUAGUAGCAGUAGAGAGAGUGAACAAAGGCUAUGCAAUCAUUGUGUAUCGGGGAAAGAAUUAUAGUAGGCCUGCUUGUUUGAGGCCUAAGACCCUUUUAAGUAAAAGGGAAUCAAUGAAGCGUUCUCUAGAGGCACAACGUUGUGAGUCAUUGAAGCUUCAUGUUUUGAAGCUAGAUAAGAACAUUAACGAAUUGAAACUUCAAAUGGUUGAAAAACAGGAGGCUACCAGUAAGCAGAUAGCUGAAGCGUUGAGAUUUGACUUGGCUACAGAUGAACAUGGAGCUUGUUCAAAUUCCGUAAACUUGAAUUCUCCUAAAGAAAUUUCUGAUAACAAUCAACCAGCAGUACAGGAACAGCAGGGUGAGCUGAUUGAUGAAGGUGGAGCUCGUGCAGUUGAACUGGAAUCUUGGGCCAGUCUGAUUCAUAAGGAAACACAGUUAGAUGGAGUGAGUGAUUCUGUGGUUGAUGAUAGUGGAGCUCGUCCGGAAGAACAAGAAUCUGGGGUUGGUCUGAUUCAUAAGGAAACACAGUUUGGUGGAGUGAUUGAUUCUGUGGUUGAUGAUGGUGGAGCUCGUCCAGGUGAACAAGACUCUUGGGCUGGUCUGAUUCGUAAGGAAACUCAGUUGGAUGGGGUGAGUGAUUCUGUGGUUGAUGAUGAUGAUGGAGCUUGUCAAGGUGAACCAGAAUCCUGGGCUGGUCUGAUUCAUAAGGAAACACAGUUGGAUGGAGUGAGUGAUUCUGUGGUUGAUAAUGGUGGAGCUCAUCCAGGUGAACCAGAAUCUUUGGCUGGUCUGAUUCAUAAGGAAACACAGUUGGAUGGAGUGAGUGAUUCUGUGGUUGAUACUCGGCAUUCCGUCCCUAAUAACAAGGCAAUGGAAUCAUCCGUCACAUCAUCAAGAAGUGAUCCUGAACCAUCAGCUUCGGUGAUAAAUGGGAGUUCAAAUGAGUUGCCUUCUAGAUCUGUAUAUCUAUCCAACAAAGAGAGACUUCUUCUACGAAAGCAGGCCUUAAGGUUGAGAAAGCAACCUCUCCUUGCCGUAGGAAAGAGCAAUAUGGUGACUGGUCUUGCGAAUGCAAUCAAGGCUCACUUCCGGAAGUACCCUCUUGCCAUAGUUCAUGUCAAAGGAAGGGCAAAAGGGACCUCAGUUCAGGAGGUGGUGUCCAAGCUAGAGCAAGCAACAGGUGCCGUUCUAGUCUCUCAGGAACCUAGCAAAGUCAUACUUUACAGGGGUUGGGGGAAAGGAGAGAAAAAACCUGGCAGUGCAAUAAAUGUUAAUAAGGUGGGUAAAGAGGAAGGGGCAAAGCCCAGUGUGUCUCCUGAACUUUUGGAAGCAAUCAGAGUUGAAUGUGGGUUGCAGUAACCAACAGAAAUUGCAACUUUUUAUGGAUCAAGUUUCUACUAACAUAUUGCCGUAAUUUUUUCAUUGGCUCUGCCUGUGGUGUUGUUGUUUGCACUAGGAUUUAUAGGAGAGUUAUGAAGUCAUAGUCAUGAAAAUUGGAGAUAGGUGAUGGAUAUUGAAAUUUUCUAAGGUGUCUCAGACGUUUGAUAUUGUAGAUGGAAUGAGAACACCAAAGAGGAACUGGAAAAGAAAUAAGAAAGAGGUUUUCUAGUGUUGGCGAAGUUGUUGCAUGCAGCAUGGUGACUCCACUCUGCGUAAUAAGUGAACUAUAACAGUAAAUCGCUCCAUUAUAGCAUCUGAACUUCUGCUGCAUGUUUGUACAAAACAUAGCCUGGUCUUGCUUUGGCCAUAAUCAGGGUCCUCUUUUUGCUAUCCCAAAACGAGAAGCUCAAGAGGUGUUGAUCAUUUUUAUUGUUCUAUCAAGAUAAACUGUUCUAAUGAUUAAUGCCAUUUAUCCCUGCAAUCAAUGAUGAUCCCUGCAAUCAAUUGAUAA